GUUACUUUUUCGGGACGGCAACUAACUCACGAGGGACCUACAUCAACUUCCCCUCUACCAGGUACCUCCCUUUCCCUCCCUGACAUAACACCUGCCGCUCUCCGUCCCAUUAUUGCGGGAUUGCGGGUUCCAACACCACCCGAAUAUUCCUGCAGGUCCACUAUGACCCUCGGCGGACUUGUAUAUUUCCUCCAGGUUCAUCUCGUCGACGACACGGCAGCUACCUCGAGAUCGGUGCGGAUCAUGCGGCGGUAAUACGGUCCACCUUUUUGAGUUGUUUUUGGGAUCGAAUGCACCGUCGCCAUCUUGUCGUAUCUUCCAGCGCCAUGCUGGAGAGGACCGCGACGAGCAUAGAGCCGUGCAGCAGCAGCCUCCAACGAGCUCUUCCCUCGACCAGGUCCUGUUUGCAAAGCCGCCGCAAGCUUCACACUGCCUUAUUUUACCAUGGUGCUACCGAAACCGAGUUCAUCGAUGCGUGCCAGGCCCUCAUGCGCCAGGUCCCGGCCGAGUCGAAGAACCCCGCGACGCCAGCGAAACCCCACCAGAGAGCCGAGGUCAUGACGGCAUCUGGCCUCCUUCUCGACUUCCUAUACCCCAGCGGAACCGCUGCGCUCUUGCGGAGGCCAUAUCCGAUUCAUCCAGUGCGUCUCGAGUCCGCAUCCAGACCACGAACCCACAUGUCGCGCCUCUUCACAUCCGCCGCCUCCCGUCGAUCCGACCAGCCGUCGAAACCGCAAGCCGCUGCCGAUGAGUCCGCCAGUAUAGAAGAGGCAGAAGAGGUAGCAGAGGAGGAUUUUGAGGAAGUGCCAGACCACGACCACGGGAUCGCGGCCGGAGAUGCUGAGGAGAACGCGUUCUUUACGGCUCCUGGCCUGUUGCGAAGGCUGCUAUACUCGAACCGCGCCGGAGCUUACGAUCAGAUCUUCCAGCACUACAUGAAACUCGAUCCGACCUUGAAGGACGAUUUCACAACGGACGUGCUGCUCGCCAUCUCGGCAUCGACCCGCCCGAUCGAGGCAUGGAGAGUCAACGAUUUAUUCGCCAAGUAUCAAGUCGAAGACUGGACCGAGGACCUUGUCCGCGCGGCAGUCAAGGCGCAGCUCACGCUGCAUAAGGUUCCCGAGGCCAUGGCGAUUUUCAGGACUGCCAUGGAACAGCGUGGCUUUGGUGGGGCAUUAGAUUAUAUCGCCGCCUACGGAUUCGAGCUGUCGUCGUGGAACCUCGUUCUCGAGGCUUGGGAGCUCUACUUGAGCAUCAAGGGUGAAGAGGAACCGGUGUACGCGCCGCCCACUCGGGAGAUGGGAGAGACUGGAGAGACUGGAGAGGCUGGAGAGACUGGAGAGUCUCCAGAAGGACAGGGGAUAGAGCAAGGGGCUGAGCCGACGAAGCUCGCCAGUCUCGGUUCUGACCCUGAACCAACGACUGCGCAAGUAACGGAUACGCAAGAAACGGAUACGCAAGCCGCCGAAAGUUCCUCGCAAGUACGACAUGUUGGCUCAGGGACCGAAACAUCGACUGUGCAGGAGUCCGAAACAUCGUCCCGGCCAACAGGCGAGCCAACAGAACCACAGGAUUCCGAUUCAGGGGUCGAACAGCCUCAAACACCAUUGCCGGGGGCCUUCCCGACUCUGGCGGCGACGGCAGACUUUGAGGCCAAAGUGAAGGAGCUGUACAAGUUCCUCGAGAACAACCCCGAGACCAUGUCUCAGCGCACUGCCCUUGUCGACUCCUUUCUGAAGCAUCUCGUUAGACACUCGCUGGAGUUGUUCCGGGCGUCCGACGUUGUUUUUAUGCUCCACCGCGCCGAGGAUCCGCGGUCUUAUGAGCGCUUCAUCAUUUCCAGCGCGGAGCAGGACCGGAAGCGGCUUGCCACUGAUUUGUACAGAAAAUACAGGGCGCUUCCUGGCGUGCGCGUGGACGAAUCCGUUCUGCGGGUUCUGAUUGACGUCUUUUUCCCAUUCAACGUUGUGGGAAUGGAACAGCUGCUCGAGGACUGGUACCGUGGUUAUGGCCAGUUGGACCAGAGGGCAUACCAUAAGUUCAUGGCUUUCUAUAGUGGACGCGGCGAUAUCAAGUCCAUCAUGCGGCUGGUCGACGAAUAUACCAAGCUCUUCGACCUUAAACCCGAGGAUGAGCCAAGGUUCAUCCACACACUCAUGCAGGCCCAUGCCGUCAGGGGUGAUCCUGAAACCGCCCGCCAGGUCAUGAUGGAUGCUGCCGACAGGACUGGCGAGGCACCAGUGAUCAAGCAGUGGAACAUCUUGAUGAACGCCUACACCAAGGCCGGAGACUACAAGGGCGCUAUUGAGCUCUUCUCAUACAUUUGCGACGAACUCGAACCGGACCAUUACACUUUUGGAACCAUGAUGGGCAUGGCUGGCUUCCGCGGCGAUUUACAAUUCACGCUCGAGCUAUUUCAGCUCGCGAAGGACCGCAACGUGCAGCCAACUAUAGCGAUGGCGAGGUCGUUGGUUGAGGCAUACUGCCAGAAUGACCGUUUCGCCGAGGCCGAGAAACUCUGCAUAAGCGCAACCAAGAGACGGGAGAUACCUGGCAGUUAUACCUUGCUCUGGAAUACGCUCCUCCAACACAACGCGAGGCGGCGGGACUUGAGCACGGUCAAUCGGCUGCUCGAGUUUAUGUCGUCGCAAGGAAUCGUUUAUAACCAGGAAACAUACAGUCAUCUCCUCCUCGCCCUGCUCUACGCCCGUCAGUCGCAUCACGCCAUGCAUCUGCUCCGAGUCGCCAACCGCGAAGGCGUGUUUGAGCCUACGGCCGACCACUUCGUGCUCCUGAUGGCGGCCUUCAUCAACAGCGGUGAACCACACAUGACACUCAAGACCAACGAGCUGAUGAACCAAAUGAACUUCCCGCAAUCGGCCAUGCGCAUGACCAAAGUUAUCGACGCGCUGGGGAGAUGGCAGCAACUGCCCUCCAGCAAGCGGCGCGGCGUCGGCGCCGAGCACUUUCUGAAAAGGAUUCUCCGCGAUUUCUACAAGGCCAUGGAGCGAGAGGACCAGGGCGCACCGGACGACAUCCGUUCCGUCAUCAGUCUCUAUUCCAAGGUGAUCUUUAUCCUGACGCAGAUGCGCGAGCACGCCACGGUGCAGCAGCUCAUCCACCUCCACAAUACUCGCUACCCCGCGCGCUCGUCCCAGGAGACCCUCCCGCUCAAACUCCUCCACCAGAUCAUGCUCGCCGACUUCUUCGAGAAGAAGUACGCCCGCGUCCACGAGACGUGGGCCCUCAUCCUGAAGCGUACCAGCAAGCGCUACCAGCCCGCCUCGUCCCACCUCAACCCGGACGAGUACGACGACCCGGAAGACCCCUCCAAGCCGGUCGUCUACGCGCAGCGCUUCCGCCUGUGCGACCCGCUCAAGACCAUGCAGCGUCUGUACCUCGAGGAGAGGAACCCGGAGGGCCUGCUCGCCCUGGUGGCCACGGUCCGGCGGCGCGGGUUCGACCUGGACAGCAAGAACUGGAACUACCACGUGCAGGCGCUGGCGCGGCUGAAGAAGUGGCGCGAGGCCUUCGCCGUGUGCGAGAACGUGCUGAUGCCGCAGUGGGCCGGCUGGUACGCGGUGCGCGCCGAGGGCCAGGUGAAGAACCAGGUGCCGCUGGAGCUGCGGCGCGCCGGCACCAACCCGCACCGGCCGCGGCCCAUCGCCCACACCCUGCUCGUCCUCGCCAAGGAGUACAUGGACCUCGAGCAGAUGAUGCUCUGGUCGCGCGAGGCCAGCCGCCAGUUCCAGUACAUCAACGAGAGCUGCCCCAAGACCGUCCGCGCCGUCACCACCAUGCACCGCUCCGGCUCGCGCCUCGAGGCGAGCAUCUUUGGGGAGGCCAAGAGCAAGGGUCUCGAGGAGGUGUCGGAGCUGGAGGCCGAUGAGGGUGCGGAAGAGGGUGGCGAGGAAGAGGGCGGCGAGGAGGGCGCGGCGGAGAAGCGGGAAGGGGAGGGCGAGGAGGAUGAAGCCACGUGGAAGGGUGGCCGGUUGGUCAGGACCGAUGAGAAGAAGAAGAGGACGCCCCGUCCGAAUCAGGUCUGGUCCGAGACCGGCUUCUUGAAUGCGGGAGACCCGGCGCAGGCGCAGGUGAAAAAGGGGAAGGAGGACCUGUCGGAGGAGGAUAUCGUCAAUGCGUUGAAAGAUGGUCAGUGAUAGGAUGUGGGUUGUAAGGGGAGUGUGUAUGAUUGAGAACAGUGGCAGUGGCCGCUGUACGUUGUAUAAAUGUACUAGUAUGUACUUGUGUAUGUAGUUGUCCAUGUCAAACUUGUAGAAUCGGAUACUAAGAAAGAGAAAGGGUGGCGCGGUAAUUAUAUCGUGUAUCACGUAACGUUAUUUACACCAGCAGUGCUCGGC